AUGCCAGCUAGAAGUUUGGUGCUCCUCCCGGGGGUGAUUGUUAAGACUAGCAGACCCACCUACUUUCGGAUCUCCAAACUUUAUUCGGAUGAGGCUGAGAUUCUUAAUCUCUCGGCCGGGCAACUGUGUGAGCUCCGAAGAGUACCCGGGAAAAAUCGUACUUACAACUUUAAGCAUGCAUCAUGCAGGCCGAAGAAAUAUAAUGGAUUUUUUUCGCUCGAAUUCCCCACUGAGAAUGACGGCCUGAGAUAUCAUCGAGACGCCGGACCGCGUUUACGUGUUCUAUACACAAGGAUUGUCAUUGAAAGAUAUCUAGAGAUACAGCUAUAUCUCCUAAGUGAACUAGGACGAAGUUCAAAGCUAAAAGCAGAUUCUUCUGGAAGAUACCAUUUUCUUUUCCUCAUCACAUCCCCCACAGUACGCUAUAAUAUCAAGGGAACUGUUUUAUCUAUCGACAAUCUUGUGCAGGAAAACCUCGCGCACCUACCCCAGGAGACCUCCUCUCAAAGUUAUUAUUCGUAUUCCCGCACUAUAAACCCCAUUCAACUAUCUGAUGAAUCAAAUACUAUUUCGGAGAUAAACAUCAACCAGAAAUAG